AGAGAACAUCACUGGCAGAGACAAAGGAAGGCACCCAGAAACAUCUGUCUGCUUCUAGAUUCCCUGUGAGAGCCCCUAGAGUUACAAGAUGAGCUGGUUGCACCAGGACUCGGAGGUGUAUAAGAUGCUGCAGGGGAACCUGGAGAACAAGACGUCCCCACGACAGUCCAACAGCUUCAAAUUGCUGCAGGAGGCCCUGGAGAGUAACCCUGAUGGAGUUAUUUCAAUGCAAAAUUCAAAGUUUUCACCCACUGUCCAGAAACAAACCUCCCUCUCCAACAGCCAGUCACCUGUUGUCCAAAAUCGUCCAACUAACAGCCCCUCGGCCACGCUACGGGUGUGUGAGAAAUGCAACCUGACCAUCAGUGAGGUGGCGGUGAAGAUCUCAGAGGGGCACUACCGUCACCCUGGGUGCUAUGUCUGUACAGACUGCGGCAUGAACUUACGUAUGAGGGGGCAUUUCUGGGCAGGGGAGCAGCUGGUAUGUGAAAAGCAUGCUCGUGCCUGGAACCAUAAACAAAUGGGAUCCCUGCGCUCAUAAAUUGCACUUGGACAUUCUUAAAGGGGAAUUAAAGACCAGCACAGUAUCCAUUAUCACAUAUGCAUUGCCUAGGUCUGUCAAUUGCUAAACUUGCUUCUUUGCUCCCAGGUUGAUGUUUUGCCUCCACCCCUUGUUGUGUGUUGAUUCAUGCAUGUGGGGCAUGUACCAUGAGCACGCUUGCUGGCAGCGUCCAUUGGAACACAUAUACUAGAGAAGAAUUGGUUCAUCUCAUGGUGAAAUGAAUGCAGAAGCUCUCGAGACCUAUUCUGUUCUGGCCUUUAGUUCUCCUUUAAAUUGUGGCUGGUUUUAUGGGUGAAUAAACACAGAAAAAGCGCUAAGGACAUUUUACAUUGUGUAACAAUUGCUAGAUAUAUUCCGUAUAUACAUGAUUCUGAAUGUUAUCAGUUCAUUCCCCACCUCCCAGAUGGUGGCGUGGACUUACUGCCAUAUGGUCCGUCUUCCCUAGCGCCUUCCCUGCCUUAUAAUGUUCUUGCACUUCAUUUUUCCUGGCUAUAGCAAAUCUAUGGGAAAAAGAGAUGUUACAGAUUCCUUACACCAUUCCAUAUGGGGCCAAAUAUGUGUUUCCUUAACCCUUCAGCCUCUUGGUGCAAGCUUAGUGCAAGAACAGAAGAAUAGGCCCCAGAGUGUCAUGAGGCCACUGCUUCCCCCUCCUGCUUUAAUGUAUGAAUAAUACUUACCCUUUUCCUGUCCUUUCUUCUGUGCCAACAGUGUAAAAGGCAACGCUCUCCAUGUAAGUCAUGUGAAAUACUCAGCAGUUUGUUGGCAUGCACUCUCUUUUUCUGUAGGCUGGGGAAUAGAAAGUGCUGCAUUUUUCCCUAUAAGCUAUAAAAGGCAAGAAAUCCAGCAUAUCCCUUCUGGUUCCAGAAAUCCAUGGUUACAUGAGGUGCCAUAAAAAAAACUGCUGCAAAAGUUUAAAGGGAAGUUCACCUUUAUAUUAACUUUUAGUAUGUUGAAGAUGGACCUGUAACAUUUUAUUUGGAAUGACUUGCUACCUGGUUGCUAAGGUAAUUAAACCCUAGCAACUAGAUAGAAUCUGAACUUACAAGCCUGAGAUCCAACAAAUAAAAGAUGUAUAUAUUUCAUAAAAUUUUUUUUUAAGGUGAACUUACCCCUUUAAUGCCCAAGAUGACCGGUGGCUAGAAGGGAUUGGGUAUGGGUACCAGUCUCAUGCUGGAACAGGGAUGAGAGGAUGGAUUAGGAAGCAGAAUAGGCAUGCACCAUGUGUCUUUAGCCCUGCGAGUACUCCCAUGUUGCCGUGCAUUGUGGGAUACUUGUAUAUCCUUGAGAAAGGUCCUAGCAAGGACCGAAACGUUGGACAUUGAUUUAACAGAAAUAAAUGAGAAUAUUUUAUACAUGGGAGUGCUGGUUCUCUUGAAUAUCACGGUAUAUAUAUAUAUAUAUAUAUAUAUAUAUUUAUAUAUGUCAGUUUCCCUAGCUCCUGUCAUGAUAAUUUCUGAUAGCUAUUUGUUGUUUCACAGUGUAGUAACAGGAGCACUUUAAAGGAAGAGUAUACCCUAUUUGUACAUCUAAUACAUAGUGGCUGCUUUAUUGCUGCUUGUUUCUAGUGCAGGAUGGCAAGCAAUAAGGCAGCACAUGCACAUGUGUACAGAAUAACACGACUGUACUGCUGUGCACCCAGUAAGCAAUAUAAUUCUAUAUUCAGAUUUAAUGGCAAUAUAAUGAGGGAAAUUCUGCUCAUAAUCAGGGUAUAUUUCCCCUUUAGCCCUCUCAGAGCCCAGUACUGUAAAUAAAUGCUAUGUUGUUAGCAAUAAAUACCCAUGUUGCUGCCGAGGUCAAUAAGGGAUUAAUGUAGAGAUGAUAUUUAUUCCUGUGUGUGCUUGUUCCAAUAACGCUUUUCUUUUCAAUGUAUUACUCAUACCAACCCCUAACCUCCUGUUACCAUAUCUGUUUGUAAUAAACUGUUAAAUGUUA